GAUAAAAUUCAUUUAAGUGAUCGGUAGGUGUGCUAUCAGCUGUCAUAAGCCAUUCAUUAUUUUUUAUCAAUGGUUUAAUUCUUAUACUUUGUACUCGCACUCUAUGAAAAGUAUAUGCACAUACAUAUGUUUGUAGGUAAACAUAAUGUUCAAAAUAAUCUCGAAAAAAAACUUUUCUCUUCAUAAAAGAAAAUUUAGCUUUGCUGGUAUUAAAAACAACAGCAAAUUGAAUGCUAAAAGUUUUGAAGACAUUCCGGGACCAUCCGGUCCUUUAGGCUUAGGAAAUAUUUUUAAUUAUUUGCCAGGAAUAGGAAAAUACUCCUGGUUGAAAAUUCACGAAGCUAGUUUGGACAAAUAUAUCAAAUAUGGAUCUAUAGUUAAAGAAAAAAUGGUGCCUGGAAAUUUUGUUAUAUGGCUUUAUGACCCCAAUGACAUUGCUGUAGUACUGAAUGAAAAAGAUUAUCCUCAAAGAAGAUCACAUUUAGCACUGGAAAAAUUUAGAAAAGAUCGUCCGCAUGUGUAUAAAUCUGCUGGUUUAUUACCAACAAAUGGAGCAGAAUGGUGGCGAAUUCGUUCUGAAUUCCAAAAGGAACUUAGUAUUCCGAAAAACGUACGUACUUUUCUGCCUGAUAUCGAUAAUGUUACAAAAGAAUUUAUAAUGAAUUUAAAAUCUGAUGAAAUAAUUGACAUACUUCCUGAACUAGCAAGACUAAAUUUAGAAUUAACAUGUCUUCUUACAUUUGGAGUUCGUUUAGGAAGUUUUUCAAGUUCCGAAUACAAUUUAAAUUCACGAACAUCGAAAUUAAUAAAAUCAGCGGAAGAUACUAACAGUUCAAUUCUUCCAACAGAUCAAGGAUUUCAAUUUUGGCGUUAUUUUGAAACCCCAACAUAUAGAAAGCUUCGUAAAGCACAGGAAUACAUGGAAAGUGUAGCAGUAGAGUUAGUAUCCCAAAAAUUAUCAUUUUACUCCGAUGAAUCUGAUAAUUUUAAAGUGAAUGGUGUAAAAACUCGGGUGUCCUUGCUAGACCAAUAUUUGAAAAAUCCAAAUAUAGAUUUAAGCGAUAUUGUUGGAAUGACCGCUGAUAUGUUGUUAGCUGGUAUAGACACAACGUCUUAUAGCACAUCUUUUGCUUUAUACCAUUUAGCAAAAAAUCCGGAAUCUCAAAACAAAUUGUUAGAUGAAUCAAGAACAAUUUUAAAAAAUCCUUGUGAUGCAAUAUCUGAAGAAAUUUUAAAAUCUAAAAUUCCUUAUGCAAGGGCAGUUUUGAAAGAAGUUUUUAGACUCAAUCCAAUUUCGGUGGGGGUUGGAAGGAUACUUAAUUCCAAUUGUGUUUUAGGCGGUUAUAACGUACCAAGAGAUACAGUAGUAGUGACUCAAAAUAUGGUAGCAAGCCGUUUGGAAAAAUAUUUUGAAAAUGCUGCUAAAUUUUCUCCAGAAAGAUGGAUGAAUAGAGCUGUUAUAAACCCUUAUUUAGUUUUACCCUUUGGCCAUGGGAUGAGAGCUUGUAUUGCUAGAAGAUUGGCCGAACAGAAUAUGCUUGUAUUUUUGCUGAGAAUUGUGCGACUCUACGAAAUCAAAUGGAUGGGUAAGGAUUUCAUGGACGUUGAAACUUUACUAAUAAACAAACCAGAUCAACCGGUUAAAAUUGUGCUUAUUCCUAGAUGAGUUAAAAAAAUUGAUCAGUUAAAGCUAUUUCACUAAGAAUAAAUUUUAGGAAUGUAUCUAUACAUUUCUAUAUGUAUUAAAAAAAUAAAAA